UGGGCCGGGUGAUGCUCUCGCUCCCUCUGUGACUGGACCCUGCUGGAACCACACCAUGGAUGGGGGCAAGCAGCUAAAGGCCACCCUUGUUCUCAGCCUGCCGCUUGUUUUUCAGUUCUGUGCUGGGGACAAUGUCACUGAUUACUACGACUCCAACAGCACCAUUGACUACAGCAUGUUCGAGCCCCUGUGUGAGAAGAAGGAGGUCCGAAACUUCCGAGCUGCCUUCCUCCCAGCCAUGUACAGCCUCAUCUGCCUCAUGGGGCUGCUGGGGAACGGGCUGGUGAUGCUCACCUACAUCUACUACAAGAGGCUGAAGACCAUGACAGACAUCUACUUGCUGAACCUGGCUGUGGCAGACAUCCUUUUCCUGCUGACCCUUCCCUUCUGGGCCACAAGUGCAGCCACAUACUGGCUUUUUGGGAGCUUUGCCUGCAAAGCCGUCUACUGCAUCUGCAAAAUGAGUUUCUUCAGCGGGAUGCUGCUGCUCCUGGCCAUCAGCAUCGACAGGUACUUCGCCAUCGUCCAGGCAGCCUCAGCCCAUCGCCUGCGUCCCCGCAUGAUUUUCAUCAGCAAGGUCACCUGCAUCCUCAUCUGGCUCCUGGCUUUCAUCCUCUCCACCCCUGAGCUGGUUCACAGUGGUGUGAACAACUCUGAGAGCAAUCUCCGUUGUUCCAUCAUUGCUGAUGACUUGCAGACUUUCAACACUGGCAUCAAAGUGUCCCAAAUGGUGUUUGGCUUCUUAAUUCCCCUCCUGGUCAUGUCUUUCUGCUACCUCAUCAUCAUCAAAACGUUACUCCAGGCUCGCAACUUCGAGAAGAACAAAGCCAUCAAGGUCAUCAUUGCCGUGGUCAUCGUCUUUGUCGUCUUCCAGCUGCCCUACAAUGGUGUCAUGUUGGCCAAGACCAUUUCAGCCUUCAACCAGACCAGCUCCUGCGAGGAGAGCAAGAAGCUGGACGUGGCAGAUGACGUUACCUACACCCUGGCCUGCUUCCGAUGCUGCCUCAACCCCUUCCUCUACGCCUUCAUCGGCGUCAAAUUCCGCACCGACCUCUUCAAGCUGCUGAAGGAGCUGGGCUGCCUGAGCCAGCAGCGCCUGCGCCUGUGGCAGCUCACGUCCUGCCGUGACAGCAAGAGAACCUCCUUUGCCAUGGAGACUGAGACAACCACCACCUUCUCUCCCUGA